AUGACGACAAAAGAAGCAUGGGAUAAACUUCAAACUUGCAGCAAAGGAGUGGAACAGGUGAAAAAGAUUCGUCUUCAAACUAUUAGAGGUGAUUUUGAAUGUUUAUUUAUGGAAGAGUCUGAGUCAAUUUCUGAUUAUUUUUCUCGAGUAUUGGUCAUAGUCAAUCAACUUAAAAGAAAUGGCGAAGAUGUUGAUGAGGUGAAAGUCAUGGAGAAAAUACUUCGCACUUUAAAUCCAAGUUUUGACUUCAUUGUUACCAACAUUGAAGAAAAUAGGGAUUUAAAGACCAUGACUAUUGAGAAACUCAUGGGUUCCUUACAAGCAUACGAAGAAAAACAAAAGAGAAAAAUUAAACAAAAGGAGGCUAUGGAGCAACUACUACAACUCAACAUAAAGGAAGCAAAUUAUGCGAAUUACAAGAGCCAAAGAGGACGAGGUCGUGGCCAGGAUCGUGGGCGUGGACGAGGACAUGAAGGAGAAGGAAGAGGUAGUUACAACAACUACUCUAACAAUGGAGAAAGAAGUUGGAAUCCACAAGCAACAAGAGGCCGUGGAAGAGGAAAUUCAUGGUCGAGGUGUGACAAAUCACAAAUCAAAUGCUUCAACUGCAACAAGAUCGGUCACUAUGCAUUUGAGUGUAGAUUCUCGAAGAAAGUUGUGGAGAAAGCUAACUUUGUAGAAGAAAAAUGCGGAGAAGAAGAAACUUUUUUGCUCGCAUGCCAAAACCAAGUUGAAGAGAAAAGAAACAAAUGA